AUGAUCGUCAGGGUGAAUGUGUGGGCAGUGCUGGUGAAGGCUGCCAGGGGGCAUGAGGUGUGGGACGUAUGCAGAGCUGCUUGCCGCUUCUGUCUGCUCUACGACGAUGGCAGAUGGACUGAGAAGGGUCAGAGUCCAGAGCAAGGUUCUCUCCAGAUCAAUGCCUCCUCCAGGGACGUGCUUCUUCUCCUGGCCGAAAUCUGUUUCAUCAAUGCUGAGGCCACUGUCCAGAAGCUGCAAUCGGAGGGGGUGGAGCUUAACAGUCCUGCUGUCCUGCCCCAGGACAGAGGAGGCCCCGCCUCUGAGGACCAGUGGGGGGUCUACAGGGACUGGAUCCAGUCUCUGUCGGCCUAUGCCACCGCUGGCUUCCUGCGGGGAGCGGAGUUGGGGGAGGAGCUUGGCGAGUGGUGGAUGGUGGACAAUGCCGCCGUGUACCUUUGGAACUACAGCCCCCUGCUGGCGGCCUGCGAGUAUCGCACCCUCCUGCCCACCUUCCAAACGCUAGUAGACACGCUUAGACGAACUGGACACUAUGGGGAUCAGGCGCUGUUGAUGCUGCUGUGUGACUGUGUGGCCCGCGGGCUGCUGCAGCCUCUGCUGGGCCGAGACGGAGUCAGGACCAAGAAGGGAGCGGGGAGGACCCCGGACAAGGCAGGCUCCACCACCCACCUUGGGGGAACCCUGGCGAUGGAGCCGGCCGCCCUAAAGGACUUGAACAAGGCUCUGGAGGUGUGUGAAUUCGCCCUACGUCUGUCAAGUGUGGCCGUCCCUGGAGGGGCCGUAUCCAUGGUGACCAGGAAACAGGUGCUGGCCACCUGGGUUCAAAUCAAGAGGCUCCUGCAGCAGCCUGUCAGCCAGACGAAGGAAAUUGGGGUAGAGUGUAAGGGAGACGAGUCCGUGGCGGCCAUGACACGCGUGCUUGUUGCCGUGGAGAUGCACUUGUGUUGCAACAGAGACGGUGUGCAGGUGGAGCCUGCGGUGCCCGGCCUCUCCUCGUGCGCGCCGUCUGACUGUGCGUGGAGCGACGCGGCGGCGGAGCUGCAGGUGUGGAGCCAGCUGGCGUCGCUCUGUCACCAUGGCGACGACCACAACCUGGUGCUCCACUGCACCCAGGCUGCGCUGCUGGAGGGCGCUGCGUCUAGAGGCGUCAGUGUUCCCUGUGAGUGUGUGUCUGUUUCCGGGCCGAAUGCAGUGAAUGAGAUGCUGAGCAGCGUGGCCGGUCUGAGGGGCCUGAGCCUGGCACACCAGUCCAGCGGAGACCUCCACAAAUUCAAAGAGGCCCUGCAUGUCCUGCUGUCCAGUGUCAGCUUUGCAGAGAAGGCUCAGAGCCUGCCCCUGUGCAGGGCAGCGGCCAGACAUUACUGGAACACCUGCCUGCCACUGACCUGGGCCCCCGCAGACCGACAGCAGCUCCAGGGACCCCUGGAGAGGAUUUUGAGUGCCCUUUGUAAUACCGGGCCCCGACAGACUACGGGUGAGGCAAAGGGCAGGGUUGCUGCGACAACCACGGCUAAAUUGGAAGAAUUUACAAACGAUGAAGAUGAUGAAAUAGGCCUACGAGCGGGCAUGUACCAGAUGCUGUUUCGUAUCCACGGCGAUCAAGGCGAUUGGGAGAGAGCUCUGCAGGUGCUGGAUAAGGGUGUCAGAGAGCUGCCUCGGACCCAACACAGACUGCUCCUGUUGCAGCAGCGCACGCUGGUCCGUGCACGGCUGGGCCAGAGUGUUGGGACGGACAUGCAGAGGUUCAAGGAGGAGGGGGAUCAUGUCUGUUCCUCUGUGUGGCACCAGGUGGCGCUGUGUUCCCCUGACACCCAGCAGCAGCUGGCCGGCUUCCAGAGCUCGGUGGCCUCUCUCUCAGAGCACGGUGCAGAGGGCCGGUGGCAGAAAGCAGACCUCCUAAUGCAGUUUGCAGAGUGGCUGUACGGUCAGAACCAGCCUCUCCAGACGACCCAGCACCACCUCCACUGGGCCGUAGACCUGCUGCUGCAGCUGGACCCUGAACUGACCCAGGAGACAGACGACCCGUCCAAGGACAGUGGCUCCGCUGACACCUUGGGGCCAGAUCCCCCCCUACAAGCGGUGGACAGGGGGGCCUCCAUUCUAUCGGCGCUGCAGGAUGUGAGGCGUCUGGACGGGCUGAUCAGAGCGCACACCCUGCUGGGCUUCAUGGAGCCCAGGACCUCCCCGGGCCACCAGGAGAACCUGCUCCGGGCCUACGUCUUCGUCCUGCACACCUGGAACGUGUCCAUGGCAACGGUGCGUGAGGUCCUUACCGAGAUGGCGAAGGCUCUGCCGGUGGAGCCCCCCAGCUCUGCUGCCUCCAGGAAGGAGAAGAGUGUGGUGCGAGAUAAGGGCAAGGGGAAGAAGACCAAAGAGGCACAGCAGACCCCCCGACCCCCCACUGAGGAGAAGCCUCAACAACUGUUCCAGGAGGAGGAGCUCACCCUCCCUUCCACGCCUACAGAGUGGGCGCGCUACGUCUGUCCCCACGUGGUGCGGGAAACCUUCCGGACAAGUGGCGCCCACCACUGCAUCAGCAAACCCAGCUUCCCCAAACAGGCCCAGAGUCUGUUCUACCUGGAUCUCCUGGUCAGGGAACUGACGUCCCUCUCCCUCCCCCAUCUGAGCCUCCCUGUGCUGCACCUUGCCGAGACCAUCGCCCACGACCUUGUGGGCAGGAAGGGCCUGUCCGACCUCUACCGCCUCAGGAUUGUGAGGACCUGUUGUCAACUGGGUAUGGAGGCCCAUUCUCCUUACCAGGACGAGCUGUUGGACCUCAGUAGCCUCCGGGAACAGGAACUAAUUGACUGUCGUAAGGCAAUUUUUAUAGCAAGGCAGAGGAGGAGCCAAAACAUGCUUCCAAAACAGAGUUCCUCUGCGGAGCCCAGGCCGGAGGUACGGCUCCACCAGUGGAGAGCUGAGCUGAGCUCUGAGGGCAUAUGGCUGGACAAGGCUGAGGUGUGCCUCAGCAUUGGGCUCUAUCCAUCAGCCAGAUGGCUUCUGGUCGAGGGCCAUCUGCUGGCCAAGGAAGUGGGUCAGCAGGAGACCGAGGCCAGGGCUCUACUGGGUCUGGCGGGUUUGGCCUGUGCGGAGGGGGACCAUGGCCAGGCCCUGGAACUCCUGGACCGGGCUCAGGACCUGGGAGGGGACGAGGAGUUCUGGUACAAGCUCACACUGACCCGGGUCCAAGCCACGGCCAGCCUGGGAGACCAGGAGGGGGUGCGAAGACGUGCUGCGGAAUGCAUCCGCCUCGUGAGCCACCGGGGGCCCGGAGAGACCAUCUCAGCCGGGGAAGCCCUCAGGCUGACCCAGGCCUGCCACGCUCUCAGAGAUGCUGCCCGGGAGAGCACUCAACUGGGCCAGGAGGAGCAGGCUGCGCAGGCCCAUCUGGAGCACGCCACGGGACUCAGAGUCUUGGCCAGACACGCUGGCAGUGAUGACGAGGAGAAGCGCCACCUGCUGGACAGCGUGUGCAGGAUGCAGGAGGCAGUGUCCUUGCAGGAGCAUGCUCUGCUGAGGGCAUGGAGCUGGGCCCCCUCGCAGGAGAGUCCCGGCCUGACAUUGGUGUCCAUGCGACGGCUGCAGCGCCUGCGGCUAUCUCUGGCGGAGCUGUGUCUGGCCACGCUGGAGCAGCUGCACGCAGAGGAGGAGGUCCAGGCCCACGCCCGCCGAGCCAAGACCUCCGCACAGAGAGCGCUGGAGGACUUCACCUGUCACACUCCGGAGCCGGGCUGCCUAGACCAGGAAUGGGCCAGUUCAGGGCCCGCCCUUGCACAGGUGGCCCUGGGCCAGCUGGCAGCCGUCCAUACUCAGUGCGCUGGCACCAGGGCCGGCGGUGACGGGGCCGAUGGGGCCCUCUGCUCGGCCCUGACGGGGAAAUGCCUGAGGCUGCUGGCCGCCCGGAAACACCCCCUCCACCCCUCCGACCGAUGGGAUCCAACGGGACAGGCAAACCCCUACGUGCAGAUGGAGGGAGAGCAGCGAGGAGGGCGGUCAGGCAGAGAGGGAGAGGAGAAGGAGGACAGUAAAGCCACCUCAACGAAGAGGGGAGAUUUGAAGGGAGGCAGAGUAGGGCGGUCUGCCAGCAGCAGCGAUCUGCAGCGGAAGCAUACUGGAUCCGUGCAGGUGUUUUCCCAGGCCAGUGAGGCGCUGGCCCGGGCCAUAGGCCUUUGUCUGCAGCACGGCCUGCCCUCCUCCAUCCUGGCCGAAGCCUCCCUCAACAUGUUGGAGUGUCACGGCCAACUGGACCCAGCCAUGACUGGUCAAUACCUAGCGCUCUACCAGAGUUGCCGCAGCAGCGCUGCCAUGGCUGAGGUCCUGGCCUCAGCGUCUUCUGGGGCCUCUGGGGCCUCACGUCUCUCCUCCUUCCUGGGGCUCCUGGGUGACCUGCAUCACUCCCAGGAGGAGACCCCCAGCAGCAGGCUGAGAGCACUGAAGGAUCAUCUCACCACUCUCUCCCAGGCAUACCGCCACCUGGCCAUUAACCCAAACCACCUUAGCAUUCUGGGAGAGCUGCCGCCAAACCUCACUCUCCUGCUGCUGCAGCACAACCAGGACGGGUCCAAACUUUAUGGAGCACUGUAUGAAAAGGUCGAGCCUAUGGAUCAUCAAAAAGGAAAGGCAGCGCAAUCUACAGCAGCGGUGCUAACAUGCACUAGGGUGGCUAAGGUGCAGGUCAGCCCAGGGAUGCUGCUGGCUUUGCGGGGAAAUAUUCGGACCUUCGCCAGACAGACUGGGGAGAUCCUCUUGGACGAGGCCCGUCGGCACAGCAAUGAGACAGGGCACGCCCCCCAGUCUUCCAGAGCAAAAACGAGUGGAGAACAGGAGCAGGCGGCUCAGUUCAGAGCUGUCGUGGAGGCGAUGGAGAACUAUCUGCAUCCCAUCAUCUCUCAGUUGGACUGCUCCCGCUUCAGUAACCCCAGGAAGAAAUCUCCUUCUGGGCACGCCCAGGAGUCAGAGAGACUAGGAGAGAAGGAGGAGAAACAGAAGGGAUUGGCUAAAGAUCAACCUGCCUGCCCUCCCCAGGACCCGGGGGUGUGUGUGGUGCUCCUGGCUGACCAGUGGCUGCAGGAGCUGCCGCUGGAGGCCCUGUCUGUCCUGCAGGGCCGGGGGGUCGGCUCCGUGUCCCGGGACUUCUCCCUGCAGCUCCUCCACGCUCGGCUGCACCGGGACCAGCCUGAGAAAGUUGAAGGUGACAAUAAACAGGAGACCAAAGGGGCCAAGGCGGCCAAGGGGAAGGGAGAUCAAAGCAGAGCCAUCAAAGUGCCUCCAGUAAACCGCGUGCUGCCUCCCCACGCUUUCCCAGUUGAUGCCCGGGAUUUUAAAUAUAUCGUCGACCCCUACAAUGACUACAGCAACUACGAGGGCGGCAGUCUGGCUGAGAGGAUGAAGGUAACUCUGGACGACCACAGCCAGCAAGGUGCUUCUCUCUGGGAUGGCUUCAUGGGCAGCAGCAGACACACUCCAAGUCUGGCCCAGGUUGAGCAGCUCCUGGCCGGGUGCAGCGGCUUCAUCUACCUUGGGACGGAGCGCUUCAUGGCCAACGUCCCCCCUGUCAAGCUUGCAGCCAUGGAUCUCUCUGAGUGCCACUUAGCGCUGAUCUUCGACCUGCUCCAGAACAGAGCCAGUGCUGCACGCCAGUCAAACCUGGACCUGCAGAAAAGUGCAGGGCGGCUGGCCCUGGAGGGGCCCGUGGAGACGGCCCUGCUGCUGAGCCUGUGCGGGGUGCGCUGCGUCGCCUUGCACCAGUGGCACAGCUCCCCUCGGACCCACGCCCUUAACGUGGCCGCCCUGUUGGACGGUCUCCUGGCGGCAGGGCUCUCCUCUGGCCAGGCGCUCCACAGCCUGAGGAAAGGGGACAGAGGCCCCAGUGGGGCUCCCCCGUCUAAUGAGUCUACAGCCAGUGGCAGUUUGGGUGGUGUGUACCAAAAGGCAGAUGUUUCAUGGUCAUCUUUUAACUGUAUUCUGUAUGGGAUUCCUAACUUGGUAAUUGAAUGACACACUUGAAUUCCCUCCCUAGACGAAUUCAUGUUUAUUUAUGGAAUAGGUGCCCCAUGUUUUUGCAUGAAAAUAACGUGUACACACAGUUAUGUGCUUUACCAAAGUAUAACAGUUCAUAGUUACGAUCGUUUACUAGUUAGUUUAGUUUUUAGAUGGCCUUUAGCUGAUAAUCUUCAAGUGUUCGUCAUGUUCCUUUUGAUGUUUGAUGUUUUUGUUUUUGUUGUCCAAAUGCAAAGAGCAUGGUUAUUUACCAAAGAGGUAAGAAGAUGAUAGCAUGCAGCCUUCCUAUUCUCAGGGGGUCUUCCCUUACCUAGAAGGAAGGCCGCCUACCAGGAAUAAAGGUGCCGACUGUAGGGAUAUUUAAAGUGACCUAUAGUUAUUGUUUUUGAAUUAGCCGCCUUCGAACCCUUUUAUGUUUGUAAUUUCCUGUGUUAAUCUGUGACAUUUUACUUGAUCUUUGACACCUCAGUAUUUCACGUAUAACUAUUUUUCAAAUCGGAGAGGUCUCACAUGUUCCAGAAGGGAAGACUGUUUCUCAGACACGGUGUUUGAUGCUGAUGGUGAGCAUUCAGGGUGCAAAAGUUCUCCCACUGGCCUUUCAAAACAACAGAUUAGCAGGCCAUUUGGACAAUGCCCACAUGAUGGUUUAAUUUUCCUUUUUUUUCAUGGAAAUAAAAUGGAGAUAAA